CAUUUUUGCACAUCCUUAGAAUUUUAUGUAGAAGCAUUGCAACUUGCAACAAGUUUUUAUUAAGCGUAGUUUAACAUGGAUUUAAGCAAGUGGAACGAUCUUAACGCUAGUGAUGUAGCUGAUGACCAAAGCAAUGAAAGCAACGAAAUAACUUGGCAGGAGAAUUUUAGUGGUGCGGUGCGUACAACAGGACGCGUUAAGAAACCCAAAAUAAUGUUUGAUCCAUCCGAGGAAUACGAUUCUCGCAGCUCGUCAUCGCCUGCUGUGCGUAAGCAGGCUGCAAUUGUUAACAUGAAACCAAGGGUGGACACUUGCCUAAAAUGCGGUAAGAGUGAGCCGAAGGUUGGCAGCGGACACAAGAGCAAUUUUAUUACCUGCAAGACAUGCUUGCAGAAAAUACAUUAUGCUUGUCUGUCAAUUAAAUUUGAAACGCUUAGCCUGGUGCGUCGGAACUUUAGAUGUGACAACUGCCGCCGUUGCGAACUGUGUGGCUCUGCCAAAAAUAGUAACGAUUUGAUUAUGUGCGUCGGCUGUGCUGAUGUCUACCAUUUGAAAUGUCACAUGCCCGCAUUGAACCAGAUGAAUGUAACCGCCAGUGGAUGGAAGUGUCAGAGCUGUGAUGCACAGCUAUAUGUACCUAAACGUGAACGUAAGAAGCGUAAUAGAUCAGCUGAUAGCCAAGCUACUGCUGAUAAAGAGAAUGUGAACCUGAACGUGAAGAUAGUUCAGAGCUGGACGAUUGAGCAGGUGGCUAGUUUCAUAGCCAAAACAUAUCCGGUCGAAGCAAACGCCUUGAAGGAAAUGGAAAUAGAUGGCGCUUCAUUAGUGCUACUCACACGCCAAGAUGUACUUACCUGUUUCGGUCUGAAGCUGGGACCAGCUCUACGGCUCUAUGAACUCAUCUUAGGCUUGCAAUCUGGACGCGAUGAUGUUACUCUUGCUUGGCAUAAUUAAACUAUAAUACAUAUAUUCAUAUUAUUUUUAAGCAGUCGUUGCAUGAAGAAAGUCUGCAUAAUAUUUUGU